AGAAACCUAAGAGUACUUGUGCCAAGCAAAGAAAAAUAGAAUCCUAGAUAAUCAUUAUUGAACAUCCACAAUGUUGCCUUUUCUACAUGGAACCUACUCAUUCUUGUUCCUAAUAUCUAUCCUUGCACUUAUCAUCACCUUACUAUAUUCACUACCCAAAUGGAAUUCAAACUCUUCAAUCAAGAAAAACUCUCCACCAUCUCCUCCAAAACUUCCAAUACUAGGAAAUCUCCAUCAACUAGCCACUUUCACUCACCACAAACUUCAAUCCUUAGCACAAAUCUAUGGUCCUUUAAUGUUACUUCACUUUGGAAAUGUUCCAAUACUUAUUGUCUCAAAUUCUAAAGCUGCAUGUGAAAUCCUCAAAACACAUGACCUUGUUUUUUGCAAUAGACCACAUAGAAAGAUGUUUAAUAUCUUUUGGUAUGGUUCAAGAGAUAUAGCCUCAGCUCCUUAUGGUCACUAUUGGAGACAAAUAAGGAGUAUAUGUGUUUUACAUCUUCUUAGUGCCAAAAAGGUUCAAUCUUUUAGUAUGGUAAGAGAAGAGGAAAGUGUGAUAAUGAUUGAAAAGAUAAGAAAGUGGUAUUCUAAUUCUUUGUUGCAACCAAUGAACUUAACUAAUUUGUUAUGUGAAACAACUAAUGAUAUUGUGUGUAGGGCAACACUUGGAAAGAGAUACAGUGAUGAAGGUGAGGGAAAACUUAGGGAGGCAGUGGCUGAGUUGGAGGUAUUGUUAGGUGCUUGUGUUUUAGGGGAUUUUGUACCUUGGCUUGAUUGGGUUGGAAGAGUUAAUGGUUUGUAUGGUAGAGCUAAAAGAGUGGCUAAGGUGUUUGAUGAGUUUUUGGAUGAAGUUGUUGAAGAACAUGUUAGUAGUUGGUUGGAGAGAAGCAAAAAGGGACUUGGUGAUUUUGAACAUGAAGGAGAAAAUGAUUUUGUGGAUGUUUUGCUUUGGAUCCAAAGGACAAAUGCCACAGGGUUUGAGAUUGAUAGAACAAUCAUCAAGGCUUUGAUAAUGGACAUGUUUGGUGCGGGUACAGAUACAACACUUGCAGUCUUAGAAUGGGCAAUGACAGAACUCCUAAGACACCCAAAAGUGAUGGAAAAACUACAACAAGAAGUGAGAAAUGUGGUAAGCCAAAACACUCAUAUAACUGAGCAAGAUUUAAACAAAAUGGAUUACUUAAAAGCAGUGAUCAAAGAAACUCUUAGAUUACACCCACCAUCACCUUUAUUAAUUCCAAGGGAAUCAAUGCAAGACACAAAAAUUAUGGGCUAUGACAUUUCAGCUGGAACACAAGUAAUAGUUAAUGGAUAUGCAAUUUCAACUGAUUCUUGUUAUUGGGAUCAACCAUUAGAAUUUCAACCAGAGAGAUUCUUGAAAAGUGAAAUUGAUAUUAAAGGACAUGAUUUUCAGUUGAUACCUUUUGGUGCUGGUAGAAGGGGUUGUCCUGGAAUAAGUUUUGCUAUGGUUGUUAAUGAGUUGGUUUUAGCUAAUCUUGUUCAUCAAUUUGAUUGGUCAUUGCCUAGUGGAGUGGAGAGGGAUCAAAGUUUGGACAUGGCUGAAACUACUGGGUUAACUAUUCAUAGAAAAUUUCAUCUUUUGGCUGUUGCAUCCCCACAUAUAUAAGAAGUGAUAUACUUCAGAAAUAUUGUGGUUGUUUGAAGUGUUUCGGACUAUGAAGCACAUACACUCAUUGGAUUAGGCGUGUUUUGGUGUCGGACACGUGUUGUGUCUGACAUCGACAUAUAUAAUUACACUGAAUUAUAUGAUUUUCUCAAA